GGCGCCGCCGGCCCGGGCCCGCUGCGGCAGCCGGGCGGAGGCCGGAGCCGGGAGCCGCCGGAGCGCCGGAGGACAUGGACAAACUGACCAUCAUCUCAGGAUGCCUCUUCCUGGCCGCCGACAUCUUCGCCAUCGCCAGCCUGGCGAACCCGGACUGGAUCAACACCGGCGAGUCCGCGGGUGCUCUCACAGUUGGCCUUGUGCGACAGUGUCAAACCAUCCAUGGACGUGACAGGACCUGUAUUCCUCCACGGCUGCCUCCUGAGUGGGUCACUACGUUAUUUUUCAUCAUAAUGGGAAUCAUUUCACUAACUGUCACUUGUGGUUUGCUGGUGGCUUCCCACUGGCGAAGAGAAGCUACUAAAUAUGCCCGCUGGAUAGCUUUCACUGGAAUGAUUCUAUUCUGUAUGGCAGCCCUAAUAUUUCCAAUAGGAUUUUACAUCAAUGAAGUUGGAGGUCAACCAUAUAAAUUACCCAAUAACACAGUGGUUGGGUCUUCGUAUGUACUGUUUGUCUUAUCAAUUUUCUUUACAAUAGUGGGACUUCUAUUUGCUGGCAAAGUUUGUUUACCUGGCUGAUGAAUGUCUGAACUGCAGGACUUUAUUUUGGAAAAGAACAAGACAUCAGAAUUGCAUUCUCAGGAGGAUGCCUAAAUCAGACUAUCAAACACUGACUGAAAAGAGGAAUGCUUUGACUUGUUCUCACUAUGCACUUUGGAUGAAAAAAAGGACAGCCUUUCCCAUAACCAAAUACAGACAACGUGGACUAAUCUCCUGAGCAUACUCUAAUGCAGUCAGGUCUGCACUGUGAUAGGAACUAGUGAAGAAUGCUUUACACUGAAAAGCAUAAAUGCCCCAUGUUACUGGACUGUUCCUGUUUUUAACGUCUAACAAUUUGGAAGUCAAAGUAUUUAUGAACUCUGUGGUAGACCAGAGGGUUGCAGAGGAAUUCAAGUGAGGCUGGCCUCGCUGUUUAGGAGAUUAGUGUUUUACAUCUUCCUUCUGAUGAGCAAAGCCUUUGGCACCAAUGUGGAUCAAUCUUGCAUUACUGCACCAAGAAGCCAAUAGAUCAAAACAUGUUCUCUAAAUGUAUGUAACAGCAAGAAGACAUACAUCCCCUCCUCCCCCAUAAGCUCUAGAAAACACUAAGGAACGUUUUAAAGGGGGAUUUCUUCCUUAUAUUUAUAUAAAUAUAUAUAUAAAUAUAUAUAUAUUUUGCUGAUGCAGUAUACAGUGUGUGUGUAUGUGUGUGUGUGUGUAUAUACACAUAUGUAUAUAUAUGUAUAUACACACAAAUGGUUCCUGGAAAAGAACUCAGAACGCUUUGCUAGCAAAACACUGUGGUGUGCAAAACUAGAACUCAAUAGAAAAAAGCCAUUUCUCUGAAGGCCACAUAGCUGAGAGUCUUCAGUUUACCUCAUUCUUUGUAGCAGCCCUUGAUUUUAACAGUUUUUUGUAAUAGGUACAAACGAUCCCAUGCCUUUUUAGGUGCAAUUUUAAGUUAAGCUAAAAUUCUUUUUAUGGUAAUUUAUUUGUAUAUGAGGGUAGAAGGUGAGAUCAUGUCAUGCCGUAAAGUUAAAAUCCUAAUUUUGGGAAACUGACACUAUUUAAAUUAUUAGCAACUGUUGUACAGAAAAUCUCUUUUUCUACUGCAUUCUUACAUUAGCAUUCAUACAUGUUCAAGCACAGCAUUUUACCAUAGGUAAGCAUUUCUCUAGCACAUGUCAAAUGCAAUGUUUAAAGUAAUGCAAACACUAUUCCACUGCAAAGAUGGAUGAACUUAUUUUCACUUGAGUAUUAAUUCAUCUUUGCCAAAAAAAUGAGCAAUAUAAGUAUUGAAAAAUAUAUGCCUUGUUUACUAAAGUUGUUAUUUUAAAUGUGGAUUUAAUGACCACCCAAAUUUGGAGUAAAUAUUCCUCACUAAAAGUAGUUUUACUUUUCAGCACAUGGAUAAACCAUUGAACCCAUAGACGUCUUAAUUCACUACUUGGUCUAACCUUGCAGAAAGUAGUUUGGUGUUCCAGGGAAGCUGCCUGCACUAUCAACAUUUGUUUUCCAGUUAAUCCAUGUUUUACCUGAGAUUCUUUAUGAAAACAAAAACAAUAAUCCGUUUUGAGCGCUGUUUCAUUGCAUUUACUGGGGGAGCUGCAUUUCUGAAUAGACACUUUCCUAAACUGUUAGGGAAAGUGUAUUUCAGAAUGAGGUGGUUAUUGAAACCUAAUCAGCAGUGCCCAAAUUAAUCACUGAUCAGAUAAGCUGAAGUGUUUGAAAAUAACAAAAUUUGCACAAUUAUUUUAAACUGUGUGCCAUUCAGACCCUAGUGGGUCCCUGUCCUUCUCACCUCUUCCCUCUCCCCCUCCCAAGGUAUUUUAAUACAAAAAUACUAUUUGCUGAUUUAAGUCUUUUUUCUUUUGAAAUUUUUGAACAAACUUGUCACUGGAAUGGUUCAUAAGCAACUUUUUCUUUUCCAGUCAGCUCAUUCACAGGUAAAAUGGAGUGUUUAUGGAUAACUAAAUUUUUCUAAAGUAUACUAAUCUGUAAAUACAGCCAGGCACCUACUUUGAAGUAGUGGUUUAAAUAUGAUUUGGUUCCUAAUUUAAGUCUGAGGUCCCUAGUGGUGUUGGUGGAGAUAAAAGGCAGGGUUCAGCUGCUUGAUAUGUGUCAAAAUUUUGGUGUUAUCACUACUGUGUCCUAAGCUAAAGUAUUCACUAAAACUUAGAUUAUAAAUUAUAUUGAA